AGCCUCUUCCCUUUCCCCCACCCCAGCGGCUGGCUCUCCGCUUCGCCCUCCGUCUCUUGUUUUCCUUUCUCCUCCCCCUUUCCCCUUUCCCUCCUUUUUUUUUCUUCCUUUCCCCCCUUUUGCAUUGGAACCUUCUUUUCCUCCUUCCCUCCCCUUCCCUCUCCAAGGCGCUUUUGUUUCAGCCCGGGACGCAAAGAGAGAGAUUGAGAGAGAGGGAAAGAAGGCCGGCUUCUCCCUCUUUCCCUCCCUCCAACUCUCCCCUUUGGCUAGCAGGACCCCUUCGCCCUCCUUUCCCCCCUCGCCCCCCAACUCAGAAGCCCCCCACAUGGAGACAUGAGCGCUGUGGGCCCGGGAACAGCAGCAACAGCAGCCGCUUUGUCCGCUUCCCCGGCCGCCUCUUCUCCUGCGCCGCCUGACAUGGACCCAGCCGGCAACUGAACAAAGAAGAGCCACCAGCCAAAGCUUCACUUGCCUUGCCACCGGGAAAAAAGCCACCAUGGGCUUUUAAGGGACCCCCCAAUGCUGGCCCGUUGCGGCGGGGAUUUGGAGAGCUUUGCAGGGGAGUGUCUGGUGCAACUUGAGAAACUGCAAGUCACUUCUGAAGUGAGAGAAUUGGCCAUCUGCAAGGACGUUGCCCAGGGGAUGCCCGGAUGUUUUGAUGUUUUUACCAUCUUUGUGGGAGGCUUCUCAUGUCUGCGCAUGGAGCUGGAGCUGAUAGAGGGAGCUCAUCCACGCUUUCCCCGGGUUGGAUUUGAACCUGGCAGCCUUCAGGUAGCUGUAUUCAGUUGGGUGGCAGGCAGACCCAAGGGGCACCAUGAAGAUUUUGGGGCCCCUGGAGAGCCAGAAGUUGUCUCUCCUCCUGGAGAUGGCAAUCUCUAGAGAAGCUCAGAUGUGGAAAGUUCACGUGCCCAAAAUUCAGGCUAAUCAGGAUGCAGGCAUUUCUCCAACCCAGCGGGACGAAGUGAUUCAGUGGAUGGCCAAACUCAAGUGCCAGUUUCACCUUUAUCCAGAAACGCUGGUCCUGGCUGUCAAUCUCUUGGACAGGUUUUUAGCUGCAGUGAAGGCUCGUCCAAAGUACCUGAACUGUAUUGCAAUCAGCUGCUUCUUCCUUGCUGCCAAGACCAUUGAGGAAGAUGAGAGGAUUCCAGUACUGAAGGUGUUGGCCAGAGACAGCUUUUGCGGCUGCUCUUCAGCCGAAAUUCGCAGAAUGGAGAAGAUCAUUCUGGAUAAACUGAACUGGGAUUUGCACACGGCCACUCCACUGGAUUUCCUCCAUAUUUUCCAUGCAGUUGCCUUGUCCACCAAACCUCAACUGCUGACCACUUUGCCCAAGGUGAACCCGUCCCAGCAUGUGGCUCUGCUCACCAAGCAGCUGCUGCACUGCCUGGCCUGCUACCAGCUCCUUCCAUUCAAGGGCUCCAUGUUGGCGUUGGCCAUCGUCAGCCUGGAGGUGGAGAAGCUUAUUCCUGAUUGGCUUGCCCUCAUCAUCGAACUGCUCCAGAAGGCACAGAUGGACAGCUCCCAGCUGAUCCAUUGCCGGGAACUCGUGGCCCAGCACCUUUCCGCAUUGCAGCCACCUCUGCCACCCAACUCGGUCUACGUCUACAGCCCCCUUAAGCACAACCUGGUGACCUGCCAUGCGGGGGUCUUCCGCUUCCAUCCCUCCUCCUCCGUCCCAGGCUCAGACUCCAAGGACAACAGCAAACCAGAAGUGCCAAACAAAGGUGUCACUACACUCUACCAGCGCCGGGCGGCUCCCAGCAGGUGCAAACAAGCGACGGCCAAGCGCAAAGUGGAAGAGAUGGAGGUGGACGACUUCUACGACGGGAUCAAGCGGCUCUACAACGAGGAGAAUGCGCCGGAGGGAGCAGCCCUUGAAGGCAAGGCCGCCUCCGCCUGCAGCACCGACGUUUCGCGGCAAGGGGGGAGCGUUUCCCCUUGCCCUCCGUUGCAGCCCAUUUCCGUCAUGUAGCAGUACUUUGCGCAAUGGCACCUCGGGAGAAAAGCUGCUACUCUGUCCAUACGCAACACCAGGCAACCGUCGGCUUUUGUGGCCAGAGCAGAGCGAAAGCUGUACCUUGCAGAGGCUAAAGGAAGGAGCUGUUAUCCUUUGGAAAAAAUAAUUCCCCCUUCCUACUUUUCUUGUGCGGCUAAUUAUAGUUCAACUAUGAUUUAAGUACUUAAAAACCAAAAAAAUUAUAAAAAACCUUUCAAAAAAGACCCAAAAACCAAACAAAAAAAGUAGCAAAAAUUGUGUUUUUCUCCCUAGUGUUGUCUGCUGCACUGUUUCAGUAUGCUGUUGUGUUGUUGUAACCCCAUCCAUUGUGUUGGAAAGUUCACAGUGUGAAAAAAAAAUCCUUUCCACAGAUUUCUAGGCAUCCCUCAUUCUGAGUUUGCUCUAUUUUGAGAACUCUCCUUUACCUAGUCCUUCUGCUUUUGUUGGAGCGUUCUGGACCUUCUAGUGCAUGACUUCCUUGUAUUUUGGCACUUUGACUUGAGCAAAGCUCCUUUUACUUACUUUCCAAAGGAACCAGGACCCCUUCCUUGUCUUUCUCUUGUUUUGUCCUUUAGCACUUUGGUGUUUUUAAAUGUAACUACAAUUAGACCUCUAUUCAAAACUCGUCAGUCAAAAAGGAUGCCUCUGAAAUACGUUAUACCAAAAAAAUACAGAGCAGGGGAAAUUGACACCUGGUGAAAGCAUAUAAUUUGUUGCCAACAGUUUUCUGGGAAACUGGAAGCAAUCUUUAAGAUUGCCGGCAGACUGACCAAAUAAAAAUAAGACUUUAAUGAGUUUCAAAACACAUCCACAAACACACAACACUUCAAGUGAAUACGUGCAUUAAAUGCAAAAUGUAGUGAAACUAAAAUCUAGCUGACAUCACAGAGUUGGGAGUCUGUGCCAGGGCAGUUUUCUAAUCCUGAGUUUUCACUUUGUGUCAAUGAUCAGCACAGGUUUCUUCUCCACUUUCUUCCCCUUCACUCAAUUCCUACUUUUGUGUCCAUGUAACUUUUUAAAUCUGAGGCACGGGCAAGAACAACGAUGUGAAAGAUCUUGUAUAUCAAUGUUACAAAGCUCUGCUGCUCAGAAUAAUCGCUCCUUGAUUUUAAAGCUCUCUUCAAAGCCCUUUGGAAGGUAUUGCAUUCAGCAGUGAUACUGAGGAAAGCCUUCUGGUAGCAAUAAAAAAACAAAACAUGUUGUCCUUCAA